UGGCCUUGUGGGCCUAUGGCCAGGGCCGGGCCGGGCCUGCGUAUUGAUUCCUUUCGCAACCUCUGGUUCCUCCUCUUCGUCCCCACCAAUCUCGACCAAAUCCUCUCUGUCAUCGUCUUCUUCCACGAUGGCAGAUUCGUCUACCUCACCGUCGAAUCCAAGGCCUACGACGUCGUUUGCCGCCGAUUCGCCCGCAAAGUCCCCGCCAUUGUUGUCUCCGUCAACUACCGCCUCGCUCCCGAACACCGUUACCUUGCUCAAUACAAUGACGAUUUCGAUGUCCUCACAUUCCUGGACGACAACAAAUCUCAAGUCCUACCAAAAAACGCAAACCUCUCUCACUACUUCCUCACCGGUGCCAAUCUCGCUCAUCAUGUCGCGUAUCGAGCCGCCGAAUCAAAUUUCCAGAAAUUGAAGGCAUGAAAAUCAAACAAUAGAUCCACAACACAACAUAACAUUUGCAUCGUAUUUCUUCUUAAUUGAUGAAAUUUGACAGAAAAUUAUUAGUUAAAAAAAUUGUGCUCAAAUGAU